UCAUUAACCUUGGGAGCACAAGGGUUCAAAGAUAGUCAAACGUUCUGAGACACUAAACAAAACCUAUGACACUGCUCCUCUAGAAUCUUCUGCAGUCAAGAUGAACAGUGCAUAUUGUGUAUCUGUCUUCAUCGUCCUGCUUCCUGUAUCUCUGAGCGUGGAAAUGACAGGGUUGUUUGGCAGCUUCACUUCCCCCAACUUCCCUCACCCAUACCCUAACAACCACCACACAGUGUGGAACAUCUCCGUCCCAGAAAGCCACAGGGUUAAACUCUACUUCACCUACUUCAGUCUGGAACCCUCCCACCACUGUGAAUACGAUUAUAUUCAGGUGUUUGCAGAGGCCAAUGAGACAUUGCGUUUCUGUGGCGAAGGGGAAAAAGAGUAUGAAGACGCCCCCAGGAACACAGUUAUCCUGUCGGCUGGGAACAUCAUGUCGGUAGUCUUCAGAAGUGACUACUCCAACGAGGGGCGUUUCACUGGCUUUCAAGCAUUUUACACCUCAGAAGACAUCAAUGAGUGCCUCAGCACGGUAGAUGGGGAGUCUGUGUGUGACCAUUAUUGUCACAAUUAUGUUGGUGGCUAUUACUGCACUUGCAGGUUGGGAUACCUGCUCCAUGACAACAAAAGGUCCUGCACUGUGCCUUGCAGUGGUCAGGUGCUGACAGAGAGGUCAGGAGAGUUGACCAGCCCGGGAUACCCCAGUCCAUACCCCAGAAUGAGUCAUUGUAACUACACCAUCCUCCUACCAGAGGGGUUCAGAGUUGUACUGGAAUUCCAGGAACCAUUUGACGUAGAGAGCCACCCGAAUGUCCCCUGUCCAUACGAUGUCUUGAAGAUCUCAACCGAAGGACAAGAGUACGGACCGUUCUGCGGAGCGUCUCCACCUGGCAAGAUAGACACAGGCAGUUACCAAGUACACGUCUCAUUCAGGUCGGACCUCUCAGGGAAAAACAAGGGAUGGAAGAUUAAGUAUACCAGCUUGGGAGUUCAAAAAGCAUAGUAGAACUUAAAUAUUAAAACAUAUCACAUGCUAUGCCAA